AUGGCCGGCUACAACGGGCGCCGCGCGCCCAACUUCUCGCAGUACAUCGAUGAUCUGAACGCGAUUCCCUCGCCCUACGACCAGGCCCUGCAGCAGCAACAGCGCCAGCAGAACUCCUUCAGUCUCGAUGAGGAACUUGCUUUGUUCACCAACACCGAGUUUUUCGACUUUGACAAGUUCACCGACUUCGGUCUUCCCAAUGGUCUGCCCAACUUCGACUCCGUCGAUGGUGCGAAGCCCCAGGAUGCGGUCCCUGACCAAGCCGCGCAAACUGCGGAUAUGAAGUUCUUGGAUUUCCUAAAUGAAGGCCUGGGUAUGCCCGAGUACCAGCCCGAGCUGAAUGGCCACAAUGCGCAGCCCAUGCACGACGCGCAUUUCUCGGGGGUUCCCUCCGCCCCUAACGCAUCUGCGAACCAAGCACCCAUUCAGCCCGCGCCAAUCAGCGCCCCCAAGAAGGUUGCUCCUGCUCCACCCUCGAGUGUGGUGUCUCCCCCUACUCCCGCUGCCCCCAAGCGUAAGAACACACAGAAGUCCACGCAGGAGAGCGCGGAGGAGGCCUCCCGUAACAUGGCAGAGGAGGACAAGCGCCGCCGCAACACCGCUGCAAGUGCCCGCUUCCGUGUCAAGAAGAAGCAGCGUGAAGCUGCUCUCGAGCAGACCGUCAAGGAAACCAACGACAAGAACGACAUCCUUGCGUCCCGUGUAUCUCAGCUCGAGCUGGAGAACAACUGGCUUCGUGGUUUGAUCAUGGAAAAGAACGGCACGGAUGAGCAGACCGAUCAGGAUAUCUCCGACAUGUUCAAGAAGUUCCUUGCGUCACAGAAACCUGAUGCUUCAAGUACUUCCGACCUGAAGCAGGACGUGGGCACCAUUGCUUAA